CCUGCGCGGGGGCGGCCCCCAGCGCGGCGCUUCAUGGAGCGGCCCCGGCCCGGCCGCCGGGGGCAGCGCGAUCCCGCGGGGCCCUGUGAGCCCCCAGCGCCACGGCACCAUGUUGCUGGUUGAGAAGACGACAGACUCACCGGCGGCCGAGUUCUCGCUGGUGGAGGACGUGGCCCUGCACUUUGCCUGCUUGAUGGGCCGCCUGAACGAGCAGCGCCUCUUCCAGCCCGACCUCUGCGACGUGGACCUGGUGCUGGUCCCCCAGCGCAGCGUCUUCCCGGCACACAAGGGCGUGCUGGCUGCCUACAGCCAGUUCUUCCACUCGCUCUUCACCCAGAACAAGCAGCUGCAGCGUGUGGAGCUGUCCCUGGAGGCGCUGGCCCCCGGCGGCCUGCAGCAGAUCCUCAACUUUAUCUACACGUCCAAGCUGCUGGUCAACGCGGCCAACGUGCACGAGGUGCUCAGCGCCGCCUCGUUGCUGCAGAUGGCCGACAUCGCCGCGUCCUGCCAGGAGCUGCUGGACGCCCGCUCCCUGGGUCCCCCGGGCCCCAGCGCCGUGGCCCUGGCCCCGCCGGCCACCGGGGGCUGCACCCCGGCUGCACCCCCCUACUACUGCGACAUCAAGCAGGAGGCAGACGCCCCGGGCCUGCCCAAGAUCUAUGCCCGUGAGGGCCCCGACCCCUACUCUGUGCGUGUUGAAGACGGGGCUGGGACUGCGGGGGGCCCGGUGCCGGCCACCAUCGGGCCAGCUCAGCCCUUCUUCAAGGAGGAGAAGGAGGGUGGUGCCGAGGAGGCCGGUGGGCCCCCAGGCAGCCUCUGUAAGCUGGAGGGCGGGGAGGGGCUGGAGGAAGAGCUUGGGGGUUCCGGCACCUACAGCCGCCGGGAGCAGUCCCAGAUCAUCGUGGAGGUGAACCUCAACAACCAGACUCUGCACGUGUCUACGGGGCCUGAGGGCAAGCCAGGCUCCACCACAGGCCCGGCCACCAUGGUGCUGGGCCGGGAGGACGGGCUGCAGAGACACUCAGAGGACGAGGAGGAGGAAGAGGAGGAGGAGGAAGAGGAGGAAGAGGAGGAGGAAGAGGAGGGUGGCGGCAGUGGAGGGGAGGAAGAGGAAGAGGAAGAAGAGGAGGGUGGCAGUCAGGGAGAGGAAGAAGAAGAGGAGGAGGAAGGGCACAGUGAGCCAGAGGAGGAAGAGGAUGAGGAAGAGGAAGGGCACAGUGAGCAGGAUCAAGAGAGCUCAGAAGAAGAGGAAGAGGAGGAAGAAGGGGGUGACACAGGAAGCAGGCAGGGGCCGGCGGGGCGGCGGGGCAGCAGGGCAGAGCCCCCUCCCCACAGCCGCAUGGCCACACGGUCUCGAGAGAACGCCCGACGCCGAGGCCCCGCUGAGCCCGAGGAGGCCAGGCCUCGGGGUGGGAAGAGGCCCAAGCCUGCUCCAGGGGGAGCCCCUGCGGCGGCCCGAGGGCCACAGGCCACUGACGGGGUGGGGGCCAAGGUGAAGCUGGAAGAGAAGCAGCACCACCCGUGUCAGAAGUGCCCUCGAGUCUUCAACAACCGUUGGUACCUGGAGAAGCACAUGAACGUGACCCACAGCCGCAUGCAGAUCUGUGACCAGUGUGGCAAGCGCUUCCUGCUAGAGAGCGAGCUGCUACUGCACCGGCAGACAGACUGUGAGCGCAACAUCCAGUGUGUGACGUGUGGCAAAGCUUUUAAAAAGCUCUGGUCUCUCCAUGAGCACAACAAGAUCGUGCAUGGCUAUGCAGAGAAGAAGUUCUCAUGUGAGAUCUGCGAGAAGAAGUUCUACACCAUGGCCCAUGUGCGCAAGCACAUGGUUGCCCACACCAAGGACAUGCCCUUCACCUGCGAGACCUGUGGGAAAUCCUUCAAACGAAGCAUGUCUCUCAAAGUGCACUCACUGCAGCACUCUGGGGAGAAACCCUUCCGGUGCGAGAACUGCAAUGAGCGCUUCCAGUACAAGUACCAGCUGCGCUCCCACAUGAGCAUCCACAUCGGCCACAAGCAGUUCAUGUGCCAGUGGUGCGGCAAGGACUUCAACAUGAAGCAGUACUUCGAUGAGCACAUGAAGACCCACACAGGGGAGAAGCCGUACAUCUGUGAGAUCUGUGGCAAGAGCUUCACCAGCCGCCCCAACAUGAAGCGGCACCGACGCACACACACUGGCGAGAAGCCGUACCCCUGCGACGUCUGCGGCCAGCGCUUCCGCUUCUCCAACAUGCUCAAGGCGCACAAGGAGAAAUGCUUCCGCGUCAGUCACCCCCUGGCCGGCGACGGCCCCCCUUCCGGCCCCGGCCUGGCCCCGGCCCAGCCUCCCACGCACACGCUGCCCCUGCUCCCAGGGCUGCCCCAGACCCUGCCUCCCCCGCCCCACCUGCCGCCCCCACCUCCACUCUUCUCUACCACUGCCACUCCCGGCGGGAGGAUGAGCGCCAACAACUGACUGCGGGAGGGCACACCGGGGUCUGGAGCCCCCCGGGCCGCCUCUGGGAGGGACCCCAGCCCGCCCCUCCUGCCUGGGGUCGGACAGCGACAUCGGCCACCCCCACCUCCAGACGUGGCUGGACCUGUACCGCUUGAGGCCACUGGCCAUGGGGGUGUGCAGGCUGGUAGCCCCCUGUGCGGGGUGGGGGAGAACCUCACUCCCAAGUGCCCCCCCUUUCAGUGACUCCUUGAAGCCUUUGCCUUUUCUUUUCUUUCUUUCUUUCUUUCUUUUUUUUUUUUUUGGAAGUGAAGGAAAAGGAAAAGAGCAACCUAUUUGCAGCACGCCCUCCAGGUGAGGGGGGUGCUGGAGGCGGCAGGUACAGCAGGGAGGGCGGGCCUGGGAGCAGGUGUGACGGGUCACUCGCCUGAGGCCUGAGCUGAAGGGCGUUGGCCAGGCAAGCCCGGGUCAGCUUCAGUGACUCAUCUCAGCUUCCCUUGUGCCCCCUAACUUGUUCCCUCAUCUUGGAGGCUGUGGGGAAAAGUUGGGGUGUCAGCCUCCCUGGAAGGAGUCGUGGAUCCCGUCUGAGGGCUGUGGACACUGAGGCAGGGCUUGAGUGUGGAUGCCCACGAGUGUGUCGUGGGGGGAGUGGCGAACUGUGAAGGCUGCAGACCCAACUUUGCACCGUGUGCAGUGGGGCAGGCAGGGGCUGGACCCCAUGCGUUUGCUCUCUCACCCACCACCUUGCCGGCAGGCACAGGGAUCCCUGAGCUGUACCAGAUGCCUCGAGAUCCCUAAAUCCAGGAGAAGACAUAACCCCAGAAGCUGCUGGGCCAUGGGGGGCUGGGGCCUUGGCCCCAGGUGGGCAGACGGGCUGGCUCCCGCAGCUCCAGAUGCCGGGGACUACAGUCCCAAGAGUCCCUGCGACUGGGUGAACCCCAAGGGCAGGCCCUGAGAAGGAGGCCAUGUUUGAAGGUUUCAAGGUGCUAUCAGUGGGGCAGGGGGCAGGGCAGCUAUUCAUAGCGCACCCGGGUCCUCACGAGCUGCCCUGGUUGUCUCUCCCGUGCCAGAGGAGAUGUUUGUGUCUGUCUCCAUCCCUGCUCUGAAGGCAGAGGCCUCGUCUUCUUCCUGGGCCUGGCCACAACCCACUCCAGGCCGGUGUGCGGCCUCCCUGUCCUUGCAGGGCCUCUGCACCAUGGGCAGGGAGCCUUUAGCCCUGGUGAUGAGAGGCAAGUACACAUUCAGGCCCCAGGGUGGGGGGUCAGGGUUCUGGGGGAGCCCCAGCCUGUGCUCAACACUUGCCCCCAUGAGGCCAGCACUAAUAGGACACCCUUUUUGUUGUCAUUUAACGUCUUCAUUCCUGCCUCACAAAUGGGGAGGAAGGUUCCAUAAGCUACGUUUCCUAGUUAAGCUCUUUCCUUUUGUGUUUAUACAGUUUUGUUUGUUAUACUCUGCACCUUAAACCCCCACAACUACCCUCACACUACCACCUUCCCAAGCAUGGCUGGAGUGGGAAGAGGCCUAAGCCCAAGGAGGACAGUGGCAGGGGGCGGGGUUGGGAGUGGGGGACUGGGCCCCAUCAGCCCAAGGGCUGAGGGGGUGGGAACCCCUCUGACCUCCUUGUGAGGCCCAUGGCACUGGGUGGGGGCUGGGGACAUUUUAAUCAUCAAUAAACGAAGCACUUUAUUCUGUACAGAUGUGGGCAGGUCCAAGAAGCCCAAGUGAUUUGAGGAUUUAUAAUCCAAGCUACACACCCCCAGAUUGUUCUCCGGAUGCACAGGGGGCAGUGCCCUGGCCUAGUUGCAUUUGGGGCUGCAGCAGGAGUAUUCCAAGUCAGAGCCUCCAGACGUACCCUCAGAACAAUCCUGCUGUCCUUCGGAGAGAGAAGAUGGGCCCCUCACUGAGAGAGGACGCGUGCCUCCCUUUCUGGCUCCCAGUUCUGCAGCUCCCUUACCCCAAGGCUGGGGGUUUUAGACUCCCGCUGUACUAUAGCUCCCUCUUCUGCACCCCUUGAUCUCUGGGCUUCCAUGACGUCCUCAGGGUCCCCCCAUACACACACACACUCUCUCCGUUUCCUCCUUUUCCUUGCUAUUUCUAACCUCUGGUCCCAGGGCCUGGCAGCUCUUCCGAACUGGCUCACAUUUUCCCCAAGAAAUUUGAUCUCCCCCGAUUUGCUGUAUGUCAGGACCCCUAUGGGUUCCCCAACCCCUGUCACUGACACCAGUGUCUCCCAUGGGGACUGGUGGCCUUAUCACCAGCUAGCCCCACUGCAGCCUUAGUGAGGGAGCCUGGGGGGUUCUGGCCAGGCCAGGUCCCUGUGUGGCCACACUUUGAUAAGCAGAGACGAGAUGGGUAUGGGGCAGGGGAGGAUACCUGGUGUGGAAACCCUCUCCCAUGACUUGGGUUCCCUGUUCUAAUACACCUCUCCUCUGAGGGCAGGGGUCCAGGCGGCAGGCUGGGCUCUGGUCACAGUGGUCAUUAUAGCUGUGGGUGGGCACAGCCAAACCCUCCUGGGAGGCCCCUGUCCCAGCGGUGACAGGAGCCCUGGUCCCUGGUGCUAAAUGCUCUCUUCCACUUGGGCCAGUGUGGGUGGGAGCUCCUUUCCAGCCAGAUCACAAGGGUCUGAAGCAAUAAUGGAACCUCAUCAGUGCCAGUGUGGGCAGGGGUUCUCAUUUUACCAGCUUUUACAUUUCCUUUUUAUUUUUAAAAUAAAUAAACGAGCACCUAGAUGUGGGAUUAAGAGGACCAGGGCCGCAUACCCACUUCCUGGGGCUGGUGGCGGGGAAGCAGGGUUGGGACCAUCACCACCCGCUGGAGAUGUGCUGGGGGUGGGGAACCCCUCAGUCCAGAUGGACUUUUCAGCCCAUUUGGCCAGAACUCAGGUCGGAAACCUGGGUCUGCUCCCUCCUCUGCUCCCCAUGGGCUCCCUGGUCUUGGGCCAGCUGGGGGUGAACAGAGAGAUGAGGCGGGGCCUCAAACAGGGGCUAGAGGGCAGUCUCUGACCUUGCCAUGUAAGGCCACAGCACCCCUCUGCGGGGGUUCCGUGAUGGCAGAAUGGCUGUGCCAGGUGUGUGGAUGCUUGAUGUCUGGGCCCCAAAGGCGUGGGGGAUAGCAGGAGGUUGAGGACGAGAGUGAAGGCGAAUAAAGUCAGUACAACUGUCCCUUG